AUGACUCUACUACCCCGACGACGUGCCACGAAACCAAAGCACAAGGGCCAGCGGCUCUGCUUUGUUGCUGGCAUCCUCGACGGUGGCACUGAUGGGUCGAAGCUCUUGACCACGCGAGUCUUUCGGGGCGGCCAUAGGCAAACGAAGGACUAUCAUGGCAUGUUCACUGGCGCCUUGAUUGUGAUGGACAACGCAUCGUACCACAAGGUCGUCCCCUCUGACACGCCCAAAGGCACGUGGAAGAAGCAAGACCCCCUGGCGGCCUGUGAGCGAUUUGGAGUGGCUGAGUCUGCGAACGAGUACCGAUCAGUGAUGGUCGAAGUCGUGUCGAUGGCACCGGCCCGUGGCUACGAAGUUGUGUACAAGCCGCCCUAUCAUUCGGAUCUGCAGCCUAUCGAGUACGUGUGGGCUUACCUGAAGGGAAACGUGGGUCGGCAAUACACCACGGACACGACCAUGGAAGACGUGCGGGCGCGGCUCGCCUUAUCUUCAGCGAGUUAA